AUUGAUACUGAGAAAGGAAAGAGAGGAGGAGUUGAAUUGAGUAGCGAAGAUGAGCGGCGGCGUGGAGGGGUCUCCGGGGAGCUCGAUGCAUGGGGUGACAGGGAGAGAGCAGACGUUUGCAUUCUCGGUGGCAUCCCCAAUUGUCCCAACAGACACAACAGCUAAGUUUGCAUUACCAGUGGACUCUGAGCACAAGGCGAAGGUGUUCAAGCUCUUCUCCUUCGCCAACCCCCACAUGAGAACCUUCCACCUUUCUUGGAUUUCCUUCUUCACUUGCUUCGUCUCCACCUUCGCCGCCGCCCCUCUUGUCCCCAUCAUCCGUGAUAACCUCAACCUCACCAAAGUCGACAUUGGCAACGCCGGCGUCACCUCCGUCUCCGGCAGCAUCUUCUCUCGUCUUGUCAUGGGCGCCGUCUGCGACCUUCUCGGCCCUCGCUACGGCUGCGCCUUUCUCAUCAUGCUCUCCGCCCCCACCGUCUUCUGCAUGUCCUUCGUCUCCGACGCCGCCGGCUACAUCGCCGUCCGCUUCAUGAUCGGCUUCUCCCUCGCCACCUUCGUCUCCUGCCAGUACUGGAUGAGCACCAUGUUCAACAGCCAGAUCAUCGGCCUCGUCAACGGCACCGCCGCCGGAUGGGGCAACAUGGGCGGAGGAGCCACCCAGCUCAUCAUGCCCUUGCUCUAUGACAUCAUCAAGAGAGCCGGCGCUACUCCCUUCACUGCCUGGCGGAUUGCCUUCUUCAUCCCUGGGUGGCUUCAUGUCAUCAUGGGCAUCUUGGUUCUCACUCUCGGCCAGGACUUGCCCGAUGGCAACCUUAGCAGCCUUCAGAAGAAGGGUGACGUUGCCAAAGAUAAAUUCUCCAAGGUCCUCUGGUACGCCAUCACCAACUAUCGAACUUGGAUCUUCGUCCUCCUCUACGGCUACUCCAUGGGCGUCGAGCUCUCCACCGACAACGUCAUUGCCGAGUAUUUCUACGACAGGUUUGAUCUAAAGCUGCACACCGCCGGGAUCAUCGCAGCCACGUUCGGAAUGGCGAAUCUGGUGGCUCGGCCGUUCGGAGGGUAUGCGUCGGACUUUGCGGCGCGAUACUUCGGGAUGAGGGGAAGGCUGUGGACUCUAUGGAUCCUGCAGACAUUCGGGGGAGUGUUCUGCAUGUGGCUUGGGAAGGCGGACAAGCUGCCAACAGCCAUAGCGGCAAUGAUAUUGUUCUCAAUAGGAGCACAGGCUGCGUGUGGAGCCACAUUUGGGAUCAUUCCCUUCAUUUCUAGGCGGUCUCUAGGGAUCAUAUCAGGGCUGACAGGAGCAGGAGGGAACUUUGGGUCUGGUUUGACUCAGUUGGUGUUCUUCUCAACCACCAAAUACACCACAGACAAAGGGCUGUUCUUGAUGGGGAUAAUGAUUGUGUGUUGCACUCUUCCAGUCACUUUGGUUCACUUCCCUCAGUGGGGAAGCAUGUUCUUACCCCCAACCAAACACGUUGAGAAGUCCACUGAGGAAUUCUAUUACGGCGCUGAAUGGACUGAGGAUGAAAAGAAGAAGGGUUUGCACCAACAAAGCAUCAAGUUCGCUGAGAACAGCCGCUCCGAACGUGGAAGGCGCGUUGGCUCAGCCCCAACCCCACCAAACACCACUCCUUCCCAUGUUUGAACAAUCAAACAACUUCCCUCAACUCCCAACUUGGCUAUCAUCACAAUAUUAUCUCUAUUUUACUAUUUUGUAUAUCUAUUUUACUAUUUCCUUCCAAAAUGGAUCCAUUGGGGAGUCUUUUAGUAUAUUCUGUGAAUCUUCU